ACCAAUUGCUUCCAUGUGGCUUUACGUGGCCUGCCUCAUUGGCCUUUAUUAUUUGUUUCGCUGGUACCGGGAGAGGCAGGUGGUGAGUAACCUUAGAGACAAAUAUGUCUUUAUCACUGGCUGUGACUCUGGAUUUGGGAACCUGCUGGCUAAGCAGCUGGACCUUCGAGGCCUGAGAGUGCUAGCGGCCUGUCUGACAGAGAAAGGGGCUGAGCAGCUGAGGCAUGAUACUUCAGACAGGGUAGAGACAGUGAUCCUGGAUGUGACCAAGACUGAGAGCAUCACUGCAGCGGCCCAGUGGGUGAAGGAGCAUGUGGGAAAUAAAGGACUCUGGGGCCUCGUCAAUAAUGCAGGAGCUGUCUUUCCAGAUGUUUGUACUGAGUUGAUGAUCAAAGAGAACCUUAUGAAGACAAUGAAUAUAAACCUGUUUGGAGUAAUUGAGGUGACAAUGAGCAUGCUGCAAAUGGUGAAGCAAGCCAGGGGGAGGAUUGUCAAUGUCUCUAGCGUCAUGGGGAGAGUUGCUUUCUCUUUAGUACCCUACUGUUGUUCCAAACAUGGAGUGGAAGCUUUUUCAGAUUGUCUGAGUUCUCACCGCUACCAAAAACUCACUGGAAAAGGGUAGCACGAAUUUGCACCUGGUAACUGACUGUAUGGAACAUGCUCUGACAUCGCGUUACCCUCGCUAUCGCUAUUCAGCUGGCUGGGAUGCUCAAUUCUUCUUUAUUCCCUUGUCCUAUUUGCCCACAGUACUGUCAGAUUAUGUAUGGUCUGCAAAU